CGGCCGCCGCCCGCGAUGGCCCCGCAGCAAGGCCGGCCCGCGCUGCCCGCCCGCUGCGAGCCGCCGGCGGCGCCACCCGUACCGCCUCGCCGGGAGCGCGGGGGGCGCGGGGCGCGCGGGCCCGGGGGGUCCGGGGUCCGGGGCCGCGCGGGCGGCGCCGAGGGGCGCGGCGUCAAGUGCGUGCUAGUCGGCGACGGCGCGGUGGGCAAGACCAGCCUGGUGGUCAGCUAUACCACCAACGGCUACCCCACUGAAUACAUCCCCACGGCCUUCGACAACUUCUCGGCUGUGGUGGCAGUGGACGGGCGGCCUGUGAGACUGCAGCUCUGUGACACUGCAGGACAGGAUGAGUUUGACAAGCUGAGGCCCCUCUGCUACACCAACGCUGACAUCUUCCUGCUGUGCUUCAGUGUGGUCAGCCCCACCUCCUUCCAGAAUGUCAGUGAGAAGUGGGUACCGGAGAUCCGGUGCCACUGCCCUAAGGCCCCCAUCAUCCUGGUCGGGACACAGUCGGACCUUAGAGAAGAUGUCAAAGUGCUCAUCGAGCUGGACAAAUGCAAAGAGAAGCCAGUGCCCGAGGAGGCGGCCAGGCUGUGCGCCGAGGAGAUCAAAGCCGCCUCCUAUAUUGAAUGCUCAGCUUUGACACAGAAAAACCUCAAAGAGGUUUUUGACGCCGCCAUCGUUGCUGGCAUCCAGCACUCAGACUCCCAGCAACAGCCAAAGAAGUCUAAAAGCAGGACCCCGGAUAAGGUGCGGGACCUGUCCAAGUCCUGGUGGAGGAAGUAUUGCUGCCUGGCCUGACCCUCGCCGGCAGCUGGUGGUUAAGCUGUGGUCGUAGGACG